AGAAUUUUGCUUGGUGGGGUAGGGGACUAUGGAUGAAAGCGCAUCAGUGAUUCGUCGUGGAUCACACCGCUGGGCUUUCAUCGCUCCUCCUUUGUUUCCGGCACAAAUCAUGAGUGCUGUGAGGAAGGAGAAAGAAUACAAGGAAGAUAAUUCUUUCUCAAUUUGGUACUGUUGAUACUGCUUCCUGUGCUUUUGGAAUUUCUUAGUUUGGGACGUGAUAUGAUUCGAGUUCAGAAGUAGUUGUCCAAAGUUUUCGAAUCCUCCGUUCAUUUAUUCAUGCCCAAGCUUAGAAUUGAAGCUAUGUUCACAAAAGUGGAUGCGGAGGAAUGAGAUUGGUUUUUCUCUUCAUGCCCAUAGAAUUCUCUCUCUCACCUUGAAUUGGAGAAGAGAGACGGUUUUGUAAAUCCACAGGGUUUUGGAGAUUCACAGUGCUUCGAGCUUCUUCUGCAGCUGGAUGAACUUGUUAACAAGGAUGAGCAAAAACAUUCUCUUGUCAUACAGCAGAGCUACUUCAUUAGGGUGCUGUCCAAGAUCCAAGCUUGAAGCUUCCGUUGGUGGAAUUUCGGUGGAGCGAUUACUGAUCGAAGAUAUGAUCCAAUGUUUUUGGUAGCCGACAGAUGUGUCUUCGCUUGAAUGUAGAGGUGCAGUUCUGCUUGAUUUCUAAUGGUAAACAUCGAGCUCUCAUUCAUUAUUUUACGCCAUGCCCAUGGGUUGUACUUCUGAAGGUUUCAACCGCAUGAGGUUAGUGAUUUCUUGAAAUUUUGCCCUAUUCCGGCUGAAACUUGAUAGAUUGCGGAAAGAAAUGUCUGGAUCAUUACUACCACCGUCAUUGAGAGCCAAGUGAGGGUUUGAAAUGUCUAGAAGAGUAGUUUGCUAAAAUGUUAUGCUUAUCUCGUUUGUUUCCAAUUCUCCUCUUAGCUAUGUGGGAAGCUUACACAAUCCUUUACAUUGUCUUCAAUUACUGAAGACAAGUUCUUCAAUCUUGCGAUCUCAUUUAACGACUCUUCUUGAUAUGAGUAUGCCAUCGCUAUAUGCAAUCUCAAAGCCAUCAAUGCUCUAAACAACAGUAGAUCCGAUUCUGUCAUUAGGUCCUGCGCAUAGAAACCCUGUUGCACAGAGGAAGAGCUUCUGCAACUAGGUCAUUUCCGUCGUCAUGUCUGGCCUGCUCACAUUCCCUGGAACUCCACGGCAAAGGAAGCAGAUGUGCUCCCGUAGGUUGUUCUGCUUGGGUCUUGGUAUUCUUCUGUGCGUUUUCACUGGGUACCAACUAGCUCCCUAUACCCAUCCCAGUCGAGAAUUUGUGGCGGUUUCGUCAGCCUAUUCUGGCAUUGCUGCAGCAGUACCUAAACAAGUUGGUAGAAAUGAAGAUGAAAUUGAACCAAAUGUUGCUGUGAUUGAUAUCGCCGCGAAGAGAGCCGAUGAUCUCCAACUGCGACAGUCUGUAUUAUGCACUAAUAAUUGCAACAGCUCAGACAUCUACAGAAGACUAUGGCUUGAAGCAAGAAUUGCAGAGAAUAGUAUAAUUUAUCAGCCUAGCAAUGAUACAGACAAUCCAUAUCAAGAGUCUAUCGAGACAAACGUCGUCACGAAGGAAUUUCGUGUGGUUCUCAAGGUUCUUGCCUUCAACAGGUUGGAGUCCUUAUCUCGAUGUUUGCGUUCCUUAGCGAAGGCAGAUUAUGGAGGUGACAGGGUCAACAUUCAGAUUUUCAUUGACCAUAUCCGAUAUGACGAUGCUAAAGGAAAUGAAACUUGCAAGAAUGUGUCUGUGGGGGAGACACCAUUUUUGGAGUCUUCAGAGUUAACUAGUUUUCUUUGGAGGUUCUUCAAGAGAGCCCAUGUCCACGAUGCAAAAGUAGAUCUGCAGGGAGAUACUGCAACUGCAAGGUUGGUCAAUAUUUCAGGUUUAGGUCAAAGAAGGCUUGCUGACAGAACGAAAGAUGAUAUGACGAUGAAGACACAUGAGGAAACUGAAAGAUCUGGAGAUGAAGCUACUCCUGUUGCACAAAACUCUACCCAUGAUGCUCCUGCUGCACCACGAAACUCUAAUUCAGUGAAGUCCGGAGUCGUACAGCUAGAAGAGUUCCAUAAGAUCCUGGAAUUUGUAGAUAAUUUUUGGUGGAGACAUGGAACGAAGGAGAUCCAUUACAGGAGCCAGAACGUAGGGUUGCAGACGCAGUGGAUAGAGUCAUGGUGGCCAACUGAUUUGGACGAAUUCGCUUUCAUAGUAGAAGAUGACGUGGAAGUUUCGAGUCUCUACUACCGAUUUUUGCGUACUGUUAUUGCGACUUAUUACUACAACCCAGAGCAAUAUGAUUCCUCCGUCUAUGGCAUCUCACUCCAACGUCCAAGGUUUGUACCUGGUAAAAGGGGCUUUCCUCUGAAGUUUAAUAGCACCAAGAAUCUCUUCAGGUAUCCUCUGGUCGGGACUUGGGGCCAGCUUCUAUUUCCAAAACAGUGGAAAGAGUUUCGACUAUGGUAUGAUAAUCACAAGAGUAGAGGAAUGAAGCCGGUUCUGGAAGGAAUGAUUACUAAUUCGUGGUACAAGAAGCUUGGGGAGAGGAUAUGGACCCCGUGGUUCAUAAAAUUUGCGCAUUCACGAGGCUACUUCAAUCUCUACACCAACUUUAUGGACAACCUAGCAUUGAGCGUCUCACAUCGCGAGCCAGGCUUGAAUUACAAUAAGUCCGUCGGGCCUGAUUCUCAGCUGAUCGACAAAGUGGAAGUGGGCAACGACACAAUGCUGUGGGUGAUGUCCCCUUCAAAAACAUUACCUCAAUUUGAUUUCUGCUUUCGAGGUAUGCAAUCAUGGUCUGUCGCGACUAGUCUUGCCGAACUCAGCCCUAUGCUCGCAGCCAUGGAGAUGAACAUGUCAGUUUUGCUAGUGAAUACCAUAGGAGUCAACGCCGUGUUGGUUCGCAAUUGGCUGUGUCACAUGGAAAGGUUAGGCUUGCGGAAGUUCAUCAUCCUAGGAGAUGAUAACGAGUUUAGUAGAGACCUUGCACGACGAGGAUACGCCACCGUUUCAGCUCAGGUAUUCUCUGAGACGGAAACCAUGGUUACUCCAUUUAGAAGAGACAUGGUUGCCGUGCAAGCUGUGUACGCCACGCUCAGAUUACAGUAUAGUGUGUGGUUAACGAGAGCAGACACCGUGUGGUUAGAAAAUCCUUUUGAUAAUUUGGGUGACAUCAGGGAAAGGGAUAUUAUGGGGUCACAGCCACUAGAUAGCUUCCACCCCGCCCUCUUGUAUAUCAGGGCCUCCCAGGGCCUCGUACAUCUGUGGAGUAAGUGGGUGCGGAGCAUGUCCGUUUUAGCUAGGGAGUUAAGGAGCAGCAGUAGUAGAAAACACAUGAGUUUGUGGCUUGAUUUCCAGGACUUUGUCACGUCGAAUAAGAACUGCCAUUAUCUGGCCUUGCCGUCAAGCUUGUCCGGAAGUCUGAAGGACAUUCAGAUGUCCAAAUCAAACAUCCUAGCGUCUGACAAGAGGCUUGUUUUGCUCAGCGGGUUGCCAGCCAUGGGUGUAGUUAAUAUGUUGAAGGGUGCAGGGCUGUGGGCAAUUGACGAAGACUUGGCCUGUAAACGAGUGCACUGUUAAUGUCAAAGGCUUAAAUCUGAGGGAAUGUAGCUGCUAGAUUAGUUCAACGACUGCAAUUAGGUAGCGUCGAAGGCUCUCACGGAAUCUAUUAUUCUUCCUUCAAGGGUAAUGGAACCAUUGAAUGCUCAACACCCAUAGAUAGUUGAUGUAAUAUCAUUGAUAGAUUCUUUUGCGAUCGUAUCAAAGUCGUCAAAUCGUUUUCUCCUCUGUUAUAAGUUAUGUCGAUGGAUGUUUUUGUGUUUGUUGCAGUGACAACCUUGUGUUUGAGCUUC